AAGGGGCAGCGUCCGGGUCUCCCCCUCGAUCCCUCCUCCGACGACUCUUAUCGUCCCCACCCGGCCUCACCUCACCCUAUCCGUUUCACACUCAUCCACGCUUGCUAUAACUCCUUCCUUACCGGGGCGUUCCCCUCCCCCAAUCCCCAACCUACGCCCACCGUCCCCGGCCACCGCCUCAGAUCCGCCAGGUCCCUUGCCCGCGGUCAUGACGCCCUCCUCCGCGCUCGCCCUGGCCCACCUCGUCGCGGCCUCCCCGCUCCCGGCGGCCUCCGCGCCGCGGCCCUCGCCCAGGCCCGGCUCGCUCAGCCUGGCGGGGCUCGGGCCGCGCCGGCUCGUCGCGGCGGCGCCCCCGCGGGCGUUCUUCUCCUCGUCGCCGUACCAGCCACCCCAGCCGGAGGGGUUCUCCCCGCACCGCGAGUACGGCCUCGUCCCCAUGGUCAUCGAGACCACCUCCCGCGGGGAGCGCGCCUACGACAUCUUCUCGCGCCUGCUCAAGGAGCGCAUCGUCUGCAUCCACGGCCCCAUCGCCGACGACACCGCCUCGCUCGUCGUCGCGCAGCUUCUCUUCCUCGAGUCUGAGAACCCGCUCAAGCCCGUCCACCUCUACAUCAACUCCCCGGGGGGCGUCGUCACCGCCGGGCUCGCCAUCUACGACACCAUGCAGUACAUCCGCUGCCCCGUGACCACGCUCUGCAUCGGCCAGGCCGCCUCCAUGGGCUCGCUCCUCCUCGCGGCCGGGGCGCCCGGUGAGAGGCGCGCCCUGCCCAACGCUAGGGUCAUGAUCCACCAGCCCUCCGGUGGCGCGCAGGGGCAGGCCACCGACAUCGCCAUCCAGGCCAAGGAGAUCCUCAAGAUGCGCGACCGGCUCAACAAGAUCUACCAGAAGCACACGCGCCAGCCCAUCGAUAAGAUCGAGCAGUGCAUGGAGAGGGACCUCUUCAUGGACCCCGAUGAGGCGCGCGACUGGGGGCUCAUCGACGAGGUCAUCGAGAACCGACCCGCCUCGCUCAUGCCCGACGGACUCGGUGGAGGCGGCCUCGAUGUGCCCAACCUUGGCGGCGGCGGCGGUGGACGGGGAAGGGAUGUUGAGGAGCCCUCUGCGGUGUGAGGAACGGCCACAAAGGUGAAAUCUUAUCGCGUCCGGUGGCUGUGUUGUUGUUAGAUCUAAAGCUUUAAUUCUUACUAGACAAGGUUAACCUUGUUGUUCUGGUUGCCGAGGCGUCCGGCUCCCCAUUCCCCUUCUUGCUUCAAUUGCCUGAAUUGAGCUAUUGGUGAUAAUUGUUGCAACUAAGGAAAUUUCGUUCCUUUGAUACGGAUAAAUUGACACUAUUGUGUAUGUUGUACUAUAUUAGUAUCAAUUCCAUGCCGGAGCAUUGAAAAUCUCA